UUCACAUCCCAGCAUUCAUCGCGCUCAAGUGGCGGUUCCGCAUUCGAAAAGGCAGCAGUAGCCUAGUUGAAAGCUUAGCACUGUAAUUUCGUGGUUUCUAGGUUGAAAGCUCAAAAUCAGUACAGGACUCAAAGCUUGAGGCUUAUAAUGACAGAUGGGAGACCCUGCAAAGUGUGUAACUUCACACGGCAGAAAUCAUACGGAGUGGUUGUUCCCUCGUUGAAUGAUCUGAAGAAAAAAGGAUGUGAGUUUCUGGGAGUGAGCCCCUCUGACCCAGUCACUGUGGUCCUUGAGGGUGAUGGGACCAUAGUAGAGGAUCAAGCCUACUUUUUGUGUUUGCCUUUUAACACCAAGUUCAUGCUGCUGCAUGACAAAGAAACGUGGGCUCCAGCUCGCAAGAUUGAUGGCGGCACGGCUUGGAUGGCGAGAGAGUCCGUGGUUCUGGAAGCCGAUGCCGUCGACUCCUUCAUCGCUGAGGCGCCGUGGUGGAAUCUGGCGCUGCAGCUGAAGCAAGACCUGGCCAGUAUCAUUCUCAUGUCUGAGGGAGACCUACAGUCUUUAGUGGAGGCGCCAUGCUCUGAACUAGCCUCUGCCCUGGGCUUCCAAGAGAAGAAGGCAGAGGAACUUCAGGAGACGCUGCAGAGGGUUUUGGAUCGCAGAGAGGAGGAAAGGCAGUCCAAAGAGCUGCUCCAGAUGUACCUCAAAGCUGUGGAGAACGAGAACAGACAGCAGGGCGCCACAAGUCCUUCUAGCCAGGACGGUGCUGGAGAUGUGGACAUGCCAGAUGGAUUGGAGGUGGACUCUGCGUCCGAGUUCAUGUCCAGGACACUGAUGGUCCUCAAAGGCAAAACCAGCCCAGAGACCAGACUCUCCACUGAGGAUUUGCAGGCGGUAGUGAGCAGAGGGCUGGAAGCCAUGCAGCAGGUGCUGGGUUGGGACACAGGCAGGACCACCGCGCUGCUGCAGGCCUGCGAGGCGGAGCUGUCGACGCGCCUGCAGCAGAUUCAGGCCAUGCAGUCCAUCAGCGGCACCCAGCAGGACGGCGGCAAACACGGGCAGGGGGCGGGAACAGCGACCCACGGCAGCAGCUAGGUUUGACCGAGCAGAGACUGAUAAGGAUUCACACUAACCUGCCUCCGGGUCAGCAGAAUGGGAUUUGCUCUGUGUUGCUGUUUAUGUAGCUCCUGCUAAGAAUGUGGAAAGUGUUGAUCUCUGCGUCGUUUUGAGAACGCUGAGAAAGCAGUGAAGUUGGUGGAUGCCUGGAAGAGCGCCUGGGCUGAUUUGCACAAACGAGUUCAGUUUGACUAUGUUUAACCACUUUUUGAUUUCAAUAUUUGUGUUAUGUUGGGAUGAUAGCUACAGACAAACAUAUGCUUGUGAAUAUUAACAUGCUAGGUCCCAGUAGUCUUAGUGUGGUUUUGCUGAAAGUUAAUGUCAUCCAGUACUUGGCAGGUAUCAAGAGCUAAAAGUGCCACAAUAAAUAAAUGUGUAUUUAUUUAUACAUUAUGUGGUAAUUAAAGAAUAUUGGUAUUGUAUUCAUCAAAUAGUUACCCAUCAUUACGAAAAUAUUUGUAAUUAUUAAAACGCACAAUUAUAUCUGAUAAUCUUCCUUUUAAAGUUGAAUUCAAUUGUAAAAGCUUAUAUAAUUAUUGUAGUAUUUAUGUAAUUAUCUCAUAGUCCUGAAUUGCAGCACAGUUUUUAUUUUUUGUUUUUUUUAAACUUGUGAGCCGUAUUCAUUAAAAUCGGUGGCCUGGACUAACUCAGCUACGGGCAAAGUGAUUGGCCUGCUGUCCAUUAACCAAUCUAACAUCAGAGAGUGAUUUCCACAUUGGGGUAUAUAUUUUUUUUGUUUGUUUUUUGUUUUUUUAGCAAAAGACGAACAAAUUUAACUGGAUGUUUGUCUAGCCAAAGUGACUGUUUACAUUAUUUCCUGAUGGGCUAUAGAUAAGGGAACUAUGACAUAAUUAAAUAAAUAUUGAAGUACUAAAAAGUUUAACAUGCAAGGAAUUCAAGCUCUUAUGAUUUCUGUUUUAUGUUUUUCGUAUUUAAAACCUUACUGACAGAUAAAUGUUAACAUUUUAUUCAAAGCCUCACAUGUACAAGUUUGACGAGUCAUUUUCUAGAUUCUGGCACCUUCAGCCCCCACAUUUAAAGCAAACUAAUCAAAAGCUAAUUCAAAAGCUUUAUUUGUUCUAAUGCAGCUGGCCACUAGUGUUCAAAAUGUCUGAUUAAUCGCCAGGGGAGACUGAACCGUCUGCAGGAAAAACAGCUAGUCUUUGUAUUGUCCACUAGAUGGCACUGAUCAGGGUUCUGCAGUGUACCAAAACAUUUAACAUAAAUAAAAAGAAAUAAAAUUAAAAAAAAACUGUAGAUUUUUUACACUAGCUUUUAAAUUUGCAUUAGUUUAUAUAACGGAUUUGUUUACUCAUUCAUUUUCAGUUUUUAUUUUUUGCUUCUGAAAAUAGUUUAGACUUUUAAAAUAAAACCUAUUGUAACAUAUCCACUACCAGCUCGUUUUUUUUUACUGUGAAUAACGAAUGUUUACUUAACGUUUGGGUAGAAAACAGGUCAGUUGUUUGGUUAGUUGCUGUUUUAGGUUUACUGUAUGCAGUAACCCUUGGUGUAAAAGUAUCGUCAUAUUCCUAGGGCAAAAGAACCCCACAAGUUUCAGGUUGGAUAUCUUGCCAAGCUAAGUGAGCUACGUUAUUUAGUAAUUUGGAUUAAAUAAUUUCUUGCUAUUCAUGCUUGUCCUAAAUUUGAAUAAUAUUGGUCUUACUAAUGUUCUAAAAAGGUUCAUACUUUACUUUUUGACACUCACAGAUGCCCUUAAAUAUGUCAGUGUUUAAGAAUAAAUCUAGAAAUUGUGUUUUGUAAUCUUGAGUAUGGUACUCUGGUGUUCACUUUCUGCUUUCAGUUUUAUCAGAUAUACAAUUAACUGGUGAAUUUUGUUACCGUUUUAACUAAAAACUGCUUUGCCUUGUCUGUUCUCUAAGUUAGGCUAGUUGCAGUUAGCUUCAUAGAUAGCAAUCGGUUGCGAAACUGUUCAUAUAAAUGAAUAUAAUUUCUUCCCAGAGAUGGACAAAGUGCUCCUCUGAGUUUGUCAAACGUCUCCUUUUUAAAUCUGCCAAUUUACUAUAUUCCAAGAUGACAAAUAUGCUCUAUGUUUCAUCAGAGGCAGCAUUUUAACAAAAAAGGGAUUUGGAUUAGCUAGAGGAGCUAUUUCAAGGCCAAUCAAAUGGCAUCAUUUAGUUUGUUUGGGGAACAAUUUUCAUGCGUUUGCAAUGAUGCGCUCAAAAAUCCAGGGCGACUUUUACAAAACUUAAAGCAUCAGAUGCCAUGUGCUACAUACACAUUCCUUUAGUCAGACUUCCUUACUUAUCGGAUAAAAAAGAAUUGUUUUCUUUCUUACAGCAAAUUCUAUCUGAAAAACAAACAGCCUUCUGCCUGAGCAGCCUCGUACAACACCGCCAGAAACCAGAUAACACUACUAGAUUAACACGUUAUCUAUGCACUGUGGAUGAUUUAAGUGUAUAUAUUGUCUACAAUCCUGACAGUCAUGUGUUGGUCUGAUGGAUGUGUGAUGUAAGACUGUGUGUUGGUCCGUGUGACACGAACACGCGGUAGGUUCUCUGUUGCGUCCUCUUAUCUCUGGAACACCGAACAGAAUCGAUGGACUUAUUUUUACUUACGUAAUCUUCUUGCGUUUUUUGUGUGUGAGAUUAUAAUACAGGCAUAACGUGCUCCAUUCCCAACUGUCCUAGGGGAAUUAGUGAGUAUUGUGUCUUUGCAAAAACAGUUGAGCUUCGGUGUGAAGCGGACCCGUUGCUUUUUCAUGAAUAGUUUUUAAAGCAGAUUGUUCUCCAGGAUACAUCGAGGUGUAACGUCUGUAUGAUAUGAUGUAAGGGCUACGUUUUAACAUGUCUUUUGGUAAAUAAAUGUGUUUAAAGUU